UUCCUGCCUCUCCGCCAUUUUUGGCUCCUUCCCAAUCUGCCAAUUGCCACUCGCUCUACCGGCUUCCCUCUCUUCUUCACCCACUACCAUCCUCACGAUAACAAUAACCCCCAACCCUCUCCAAAAUUGCUUCAGUUUCCACUUCCGCUGUGUCUCCUCCAGCUUGCCUGCUUCUUUUCACCAAUUAAUGGCGGGGUGGAGGAAUCUGAAGCGACGGUUGACUUUCAGGGGCUUAAGCGGCUGCUGCGGUGGCGCCGCCGCCGCUUGGGCCAUCGCCGGCCCCGGAGUCAUACCCUCCGACCCUGACGAAGAAGAAGAAGAAGAAGAAGAAGAAGAGACGGGCGGCGACGACGAGCGGGAAGAAGAGCCGAUGAUGCCCAUCACGCUCCGGCAGUUGAUCGGGGCGAGACCGAGCGGGAUGAACCUGGCGAUGGCGCUGGCCGAGGAGCGGAAUUCGCGGGGAGGCGGAGGCGCGGAUUCCAAGACGUUGAUGAUGCUCAUCGAGGAAACGGACGGCUCGGAUUGGCCGACGAGCAAGCGGAGGAGAGAGGAUGAGAUUGUUGAAGGUGGAGAAGCGGCAACGGACAAGAGGAAAGAGGAGGGCGGGGAUUGGCUGUGCUGCGUGUGCAUGGAGAGGGAUAAGGGCGCGGCGUUUAUCCCCUGCGGUCAUACCUUCUGUAGGGUAUGUUCGAGGGAUCUUUGGGCGCAUAGAGGUGGUUGCCCCGUUUGCAACCGUCCGAUCUUGGAGAUCCUGGAUAUCUUCUGAUGGGGGUACUGCUCAGCUGAUUAUCCCCUCUCCCACAUUGUUACUUUGUUGUUAGCUCUUUCCUCCCAACAUUAUUUGCCUUGUGUAAUUCUUGUGUAAACCCCAAGUUAUUAGUAUAUAAAAAAUUGAGUUGCUUCAUCAUAGAAGACUGAUGUGACAACUGAUAAUGAAUGAAUGUGUGAUUU